UAUUAGUACUAGUAAUCAAUAGAAAGAUCCUAUCGAUUGCAAAUUUCUGCAUAUGACCACCAGAAAUAGCAUGUGAAAAAACGAGGAUCCCUACAUCCAAAGAAAACUUGAACAAUGAGGAAAUCCGGCGGUAGAAGAAAAAAAGAUAAAGUUGGAUCCCCGAAUUCCGGUUCACAACCGAAUUCUCCAUCGUCACCGAAAUCUACGGCGUUUGAUCCUCGCCCAAGCCCAAAGAAGCCCGAACAGAAUUCCCCUCUCAAGCCUGAGUCCAAGCCCGAGCCUGAUUCCUUAAAUGAACAUGUCACGGCUGCGUCCAGACAGUUGAAGCUUGCUUAUGAUCAUGACAUAAGGCUAGCACAAAUGCCAAUAAAUUGCAGCUUCAGAGAGUUAAGAGAUUUAGUGAAGAAGAAAUUUCCAAUGUCGAAUUCAGUUUUGAUAAAGUACAAAGAUAACGACGGUGAUUUGGUUACUAUAACCUCCACAGAAGAACUCAGAUUAGCCGAAUCUACCGUUGAUAAUACCUUUUCAAUUGGAAUUCUGAAACUAAAUAUCAUCGAAGUUAGUCCCGAACAGGAACCAUGGGUGUUAGAAGAAGGAGAAGAACAAGAAAAACAUAUAGAUUGUGUUUUGGAUGAGAAAAAGGCCACUACUGAAUGCAAGAAAGUAGUGGAGAAUGUAGAAGUUGAUGAUUGGUUAUACGAAUUUGCUCAGUUAUUUAGCUCGCAUGUUGGCGCCAGUCAAUCUAUUGAUUUCCGCGAGUUAGGCACGGAGUUUUGCUCAGAGGCACUUGAAGAUAUAGUGACUUUUGAUGAAGCUCAAGAUCUGUUUUACAAAGCUGAGUUUAAGUUUCAAGAGGUUGCUGCUUUGGCAUUUUUCAAUUGGGGAAAUGUCGAUAUGUGCGCUGCUAGGAAGUUUGUUAAAUUAGAUGAGAAUGAGAAUGAGGUUGUGGUAAUGAAAGAAUCAGAGUUUGAUUUUGUCAAGGAAAAGUACUAUUUAGCGCGAGAAAAGUACGAACGCGCGGUGGUGAUUAAACCUGAUUUUUACGAAGGGUUAUUGGCUAUUGGACAGCAACAAUUUGAAUUGGCUAAGCUUCAUUGGUCAUUUGGUCUGGUGAAUAAGAUGGAUUUAGGUAAAGAGACGCUGCGGCUUUUUGAUGUUGCUGAGGAGAAGAUGAUGGCUGCGAGCGAUAUGUGGGAGAGGUUGGAAGAAGGGAAACUUGGCGGGCAAGGAAGCGGUAUGAGAUCACAGAUUAAUCUUUUUUGGGGGAAUAUGUUGUUUGAAAGGUCUCAAGUGGAGUUUAAAUUGGGAAUGAGGGAUUGGAAGAGAAAACUCGAUGCUUCUGUUGAGCGGUUUAAGAUUGCUGGAGCUUCCCCGGAUGAUGUUUCGACGGUUUUGAAGAAGCAUUGUUCCAAUGGGAAUGCUAGGGACGGAGACGUGAAGGGAUCGCCAAGAACACAGAAUGUAGUCAAAAUGAUGAAAUAGAGACGGAUGAUCGUAGUUGAAAUUGAAGCUUUUGGUUAGUUCUGUGGCUGUUUUCCUUUGAAAUUCACACGAAUUCUCGGUAAUAUAAGGAGAUUAUUUUUGAUCAUUUUAUUCUGCAGUAGAGUUUGCAAUAACCAUUUUUACACCAUAAAUAUUAGUCUAUUGUUCAUGUACUCUUGCUAUCAUAUGAAUGUGUUGUUACAAUGUGUUGA